UAUUACAUUUCAGAUAAUGUCAUCCUGCAGAGACCCCCAUCUGCCAUCUAUGAAGGAGACCCCCUGACUCUGAGAUGUCAUCAUUGGAGAUAUUAUGAUGCAACAAACACAAAAUUCUACAAGGAUGAUCAGGAGAUAAAAUCAUCAGAAUCUGACUCCACAUUCCAUAUUCCUAAUAUAAGGAGGAGUCAGUCUGGACUCUACAAAUGUACUCAACAAUUACACCAUUAUGAGAGAUCAAAUGUGGAAGAGCACUCAGAUGUCUCCUUUAUCUCUGUGAAAGAGCUCUUCUCUCCUCCAGAAAUAAAAGUGACCCCGUCCAGGGUAAUAGAAGGAGAUGAGAUGACGGUGAGAUGUGACACCAGACUGGAUCCUCUCAGAGGCGGCACAGAGCUGCACUUUGCCUUCUACAGAGAUGGACGGACUGUGCAGGGAUACAAUGUAUCUGAUACAUACAGAGUGCGGUCAUCUCAGCUGGAGGAUUCUGGGAAUUAUACCUGUGAAGUGAGGACGGCGCCUGACACUGUGAGGAAGAUGAGUGAUGGGAUCUAUAUCCAGAUACAUGAGCUCUUCUCUCCUCCACAAAUUAAGGAGCCCUCAUACAUUGUAACAGAACUAGAUGAGAUGACGGUGAGAUGUGACACCAGACUGGAUCCUCUCAGAGGCGGCACAGAGCUGCACUUUGCCUUUUACAGAGAUGGACGGGCUGUGCGGGGAUACGAUGUAUCUGAUAUAUACAGAGUGCGGUCAUCUCAGCUGGAGGAUUCUGGGAAUUAUACCUGUGAAGUGAGGACGACGUCUGACACUGUGAGGAAGAUGAGUGAUGGGCUCCAUAUCCAGAUACAAGAGCUCUCAGAAUGUGAGGAAGAUGAGUGAUGGGUUCAGAUAAUGCAGAUACAGGGU